CACUUUUCCAACAGCCCCCUUGCCCUGAAGACAGCUCAGCCUUCCUCCCAUCGUUCCCUCACACCCAGGUCAUCCAAUAAAUUCAGUCCCUGUCUCUCUCUCUCUCUUCCCACUUAUCAUUGGCUCAUCCCUGGGUGUGUGUUUUUUUUUUAAAUAGAGGGUCUCGGGGGUUGCUCUUUCUGUUUUCUGGGUGGUGGGGAUCUUAACUGCAACUUGUUUCUGUUUCUUUUUUUAAUAUUUUGAGUGGAACAGAAACAGUUUUUAGUAACCAGGGAAACAUGAAAUUGUAUUGGGUGCUACUGGGGGUCCUGCUCUCCUUUGGAGGGCUGUCUUUGGGAGAGAAGGGCCUGGACUUCCCUGAAUAUGAUGGCAAGGAUCGCGUGCAUGACCUCAACGUCAAGAACUUCAAGUCCAUCAUGAAGAAGUACGAUGUGAUGGUCGUCUACUACCACGAGCAUGUUGGAGACAACCGCGCCGCCCAGAGACAGUUUGAGAUGGAGGAGCUGGCCCUCGAGCUCGCCGCCCAGGUUCUCGAAGAUCUAGACGAUGAGGACAUCGGGUUUGGUCUCGUUGAUGAGAAAAAGGACAACAUCGUCGCUAAGAAACUAGAUUUUGAUGAGGUGGACAGCAUCUACGUCUUCACGGAGGAUGAAGUGAUUGAGUACGAUGGAGAGCUGGCCGCUGACACUCUGGUUGAGUUCAUUUAUGACGUGUUGGAGGACCCUGUGGAGUUCAUUGAAAAUGAAAGGGAGAUCAGAGCUUUCGAGAACAUCGAAGAGGAGAUCAAACUGGUGGGCUACUUCAAGAACGAAAAAUCUGAUCAAUAUGUGGAGUAUGAAGAUGCUGCUGAAGAGUUCCACCCCUUCAUCAGGUUCUUUGCCACCUUCGACUCUAAGGUUGCCAAAAAGCUGGACCUAAAAAUGAAUGAAGUGGACUUCUAUGAGCCCUUUAUGGACGAGCCCGUUGUCAUCCCUGGAAAACCCUACUCAGAGGAAGAGCUUGUUGAAUUUAUUGAGGAUCAUGACAGACCAACCCUGAGGAAACUGGAGCCCCACAACAUGUACAACAUCUGGGAGGAUGAUAUUGAUGAUGAACACAUCAUUGCUUUUGCUGAGGAAUCUGACCCAGAUGGUUUUGAAUUCCUGGAAGUCGUGAAAGAGGUCGCUAAGGACAACACCGACAACCCCGACCUCAGCAUCCUCUGGAUUGACCCUGAUGACUUUCCCCUGCUCGUUCCAUACUGGGAGAAGACCUUUGACAUCGACUUGUCCUCACCUCAGUUUGGCGUUGUGGACACUGAUGAUGGCGACAGUGUCUGGAUGGACAUAGAUGAUGAAGAUGAUUUGCCAACACCAGAUGAGCUGGAGGAUUGGAUUGAGGAUGUCUUAGAAGGAGAUAUUGACCCUGAUGAGGAUGAUGAUGACGACGAUGACGAUGACGACGAUGACGACGACGAUGACGACGACGACGAUGACGACGACGACGACGACGAUGAUGACGACGAUGACGACGACGAUGACGAUGACGACGAUGACGACGACGAUGACGAUGACGAUGAUGAUGACGAUGAUGAUGACGACGACGAUGAUGAUGAUGAUGACGAUGAUGAUUAAAUUCUUUAGGCCUUCUUUUACAUCAUUGGCACAAAAGCAUCACAAUAUUCAGGUCUUACAAAGCUGACCUAUUCCUCGUCUCUUUUUGUCAAAACUUGUCUUGAUAAAAUUGUCAUCUGUUCUGCCCUCCUUGUUUUCCAAGACCCCCUCAGCACCCCGGCCCAAUCCCACCACUUGCAUCAGGGCUCUGGUCCGGUCGUAGGGGGGACCAUUUUCCUUAUUAACACAUCUCCUGUAUCUUACUCGAAAAGUGCAGCGCUCCCGUCUCUCGGAAAAGUCAAAGUCCCGGUAGCUGAAAUUCCCAUUUGUUUGCCUCAUUACAUGAAAACUCUUACAGUUCUUGUAGCAUCUGACUCAUACAACAAACUGAAUAUUAAAAGAGAAAAAAGAAAUGUCACAUCUGACGGCAAAGAAUUUAAAUGUCACCUUUCGUGUACUUUUGUACAUAUUUACAAAACUACAGUUUGCAGAUUUGCAUACAAUUUCAUGCAGAAAAAUUUCAACAAUCAAUGGUAAAAUAUGAUAAAAAAUUAAGUUACAUUUAAAUCCUGUCUUUUCUGCUUUAACAACAUUUCCACUCAGAGAAAAUGUGGGUGCCAUAAAUAACCUGGUGGAAGUGGAGGGGGUGGUUAGGGGUGUUUAGGUAAAUCUAAAUCAGUCUGUAAAAACUGGUGUUACUAUUAAUGUAUUUUUGUUCUUUUUGUUCAGGAUGAAAUGUCUGUUCUUCUUCUCUUUUAUUUGAAAAAGAGGGCCAGAGUUUCUUCCAGGUUAACGCAACAUCUUCCAAUAACUUAUUGUGACCUUACUUGAUUCAGAACAGGGCCUCAAGCCUUCCUUUUUGUGAAAUAAAAGUGUUGUAAAUCAACUGAAUGUUUUCUACUAGUAAAGAAAUAAAACAACAA